CAGCAGGCUGGCGUUCAAGCAAGUCAGAGGGGGAGAAAAGGAGCGCCAGACAGCAGGGUGGAGGGAGACGGAGAGAAAGAGGCUGAGUGAAUGUAUACGCAAAGAGGAAGAGGAUAGAAAGGCACAGAAAACAGCGUUGUGGAAGUGACAGUGAGCUGGAAAAUGGAAGUGCAGACGGAGUGUGUAGAGCCUCCUGCGGUUCCUCAGUGUGACCCCCAGCCAACAGGGAAGAUCAACAAAGCUGCCUUCAAACUCUUUGGAAAACGCAGCACUGGCUCUGGAAUGGCCAGCUUCUUCUCUUUCAGGAAUAAAGGAGCUACCAGCAGCGUAAACAACGGGAAUUCUGAAAAUGGGAAUUCUUUAAGCUUGGCAGCAUCAGCGGAGCUUGUGAGGAGCAAAACACAUGAUGGACUAACAGGUUCGAACAACGACACAGAUGGACAGAAAGGGGACGCGCUUGCUGCUCUGGAGGCAGGGCCAGUGAGGUCUCUCAGCAAAUCGUUAAGUUUUUUUUCUUUUCUUCGACGUGGUAGUUUUCGGUCAGGUGAAAAUGGAGGGGUGGGGAUUGUGAGAAGGGGGAGGGGUCUGAAGGGCUUUUUUAGCAGUAUGCGAUGGAGACGUAAAGAAAAAACUAGUGAAGGAGAAACAGAGGACGUGGACAGUAAGAAUGAAAAAGUUGGGGGUAUUGCUGAAUCGGAAAAGGUCAAGAGUAUUACUCUCACCCUUGAGCCUCCUCCGCAUCCCCACCAAAAUGACUGUGAAGAUGCAGAGGAAAAACCCAACCUCCAAGCAGCAGACACACCCACCACUAGUGUUGUGACACCCUUGCACUGUGAAGCCAUGCCAGGACCAUCUGGUGCGCCAGACUCCCCUUUUACUUACACACCCACAGAUUCACCACUGCGGCCCCCCGUCCAAAAAGCCAAAGCGUCAAUUUCUAGCCUGACUCCUUCGCUCGCCACUCCCCCCUUGGACCGCUGCAGUGCUGGGGACCCACCUUCAGAGCCUUCAGUGGACCGGCUGUGCUCUCUCCUCUUUACAGAUGUCACAUCUCUUAAGAGCUUUGAUUCCCUCACAGGCUGUGGUGACAUUAUUGCUGAUGCUGAAGAGGAAGGGCCAGUGGGAAAUGGAGGUAGUGGCACCAGCAGCAGUAGUAGUGGGGGUGGAGGGGGGAGCGUGGCAGCAAGCAUAGGAAGAGCCGUUGAUGUAUCUGGUGCCACAUGUCGUGUCACUCCAUCUAAACCUCCUUUCCCAUUGCAGAUGACUCAACCUAUGUUUUCUAUUUCCACAAGCUCAGCACCUCUUUCCCUCCCUGCUCGGAACAAGGCGCCUCCUCCACCCCAGCAGCACCCCGCUGGAAGUGGUGUGGUGGCCUACAUGGGUGGAGGGGAGGAAAUGGCAAGUCCAGAAGGAGUCGAUGAUGCAGACAUGCAGGGGCUUUGGCACAUGCUGCCCUCCGUGGGGGACGACUCACCCGCAUUGCCACGAGUGCAUCAACUUUCGUCCACAAACCCCACCUCCACUUGCUCAUCUCGCGCCAACCCUACCUUCCUUUCUUCUGGUCCUGGAUGUUCAGACAGAAAGGCACCCCAGGUGAAGACACUUGGGCUCAGUAAGAUUCCAGUAGUUGGUGCAGUUGGAAGCCGAUCAGCUAAACCUCCUCUGCCUUACACACAUGGCCGUCACCCCACAUCACCUGGAGAAAAAGAGCCACUUAGCGAUGAGGGCUACUGGGACACCCCCUCAGCAACACCUACAGCUACACCGGAUGAGAGUGGACUACAGCGCAACCAGAAAUUAACUCUAUCACGUGACAGUUGCUCUGGGGACCACUUGUAUGACCUGUACAAUGAUCCUGAAGAAGGAAAAGAUGAGGUGGCAGAUGAAGACCUAAUCAGUACUCCUUCUCCAUCAACUGAACACAAAGUAAGUCCAACAUCCCAAACAAGCCCUCCUUCCUCUUCCUCAUCUUCCUCCUUUCGAUCAAUGAAGGGCAGCACCAGCCUUCCUAGAGAAUCCAAGAUCCCAGUUAGCACCAGACAAACCUCACCCCCUCACUCUGUAAGCCAGUCAGCCCUGUCUUCUGUUCUCGGGGCGGAUUCAACACCAAGACCUCAAGCAAAUCCACCAACUCGCACUAGGAUCCCUGUAUCCAAGGUGCCCGUUCGUCGUUCUGGAAAUAAAACUGACACAACUGGAGGAAAUGCACGGAAGAAGUAGCUCAUUCCUACACUACCAUCAGUUUUCCCAGACCAAGAAAAACUUGGAUCUGUAGAGGUAAUGGCCUUUAACUAAAAGCACUCAUUCCUGGGAUUUUCUGUAUUGGCUUAAAAAGGCUGGACUAGGUGUUGGUGUUUCACUUGAAGUUAUUAAGAAAAUCCUGAAAGCUGGGUUAACAUUUUACUGACCUCAUUGCACUUUGGAGGUUAAGUAUUGACAAUCCAUGGACAAAAGGACAUUCAUCACCUUGCAAGUUCCUGGAAAAAAGAAAAAAAAAAAACCCAGACCUGCUGAAUUUGACAGCCACUGUAAGACAAUGAAGCAGAGCACCUUUUAUUUUGACAAUUUUUCUACAAAAUUUGCUCACAAGGACCUAAUCUAAUCAAGGUUUCAUUGUUUUUGUUUUGUUUUCUUUUCUAACAUUUAUUGACCAUUUUGUCUAAUCUGUAACAAAUUACCUCUUAAUCCUGUGAUUUUAGAGCCAAAGUUAGAGAAACUAUUUUGAUUUUCCUAUACUUAAGAGAAGACUCAACAUUUUCUUCAAAAUUAUUCAAUUAUUUUUUUUAUCAUGUUUUUAUUUGACAAUUGUUUUCAAUUAUUAAUUUAGCUAUAUGUGUUAAAAUAAACAAAUCCAGGUAUUCUUACUUGCUUAUUUUGGAGCUAAAUAUCUUUUGGGGGUAAUUCACUGUAAUAUUUGAUUAGUUUUGUUGUUGAUAAACAAAAUUUGGUUUCUUAUAUUGUAUCAAAGAAGUCAUCAGCCAUUACAGGAUAAACAGUAAUGCAGUUACGUUUCUAAACCUUCAAAGCUCUCGCAUUACUCCAUUAGGAUCAACACUUAAGUAUCAGAGUACAACAACACAAACUUAGCUUCUGUACAGCCAAACUCAUUCAGAAUCACAUUUGUUUUACAGCUCUGCAUGCAGUGCCAAAGAAGGCACAAAAGGUCAGGGAAAAACAACACAAACUAAAGUACCUUUGCACUCAAUUCAGUGUUUGUCACACUGAAUUGUUGUUACACAGAAUAUCUUUCCGCUCUGAGGACACAGACACGUCUUUUAAGCUAGCAUGUCACACUAAGUGGGGUUUUCUAUUUUUCAGGGGCUUCUAUAUUAAAAAUCAUAUAGCAAAAAACCUCUAUACUGUGAUUGCACUGAUUUCUUCUUAUACUACUUUCAUUUUUUUGUUGGUUUUGUUUCUUUCCCAGUUAUAUGAGACUAUUUUUUUCAUUCAAAGCCCACUUUGAAAGAAACUACAACACAAUAGAAAACCCCACAAUUUUAACAAUUAUGUUAAAUCUGAUUUUUUAUUGUUCUUUUUUGUUAGCAUGUCGGUCCUAAAGGGGUUUUCCAUUUUUCUAGGGGCGUCUAUUUGGAAAUAAAACAGCAACAAUUUUAAACUGUGAUUGCGCUGACUUCUUAGUUUGCCUAUUUUCAUUAUGUUUAUAUGGGAGUAUUUUCCUAAAAUUGCCUCUUUAAAAAAGCAGGAAAACAAUAAAAACAAUCAUGUUAAAUCUGUUCCUUUAACUUAUUUCUGAAUUUGCUGGUUUUUCAAACUGUGUUUUUGUACAUUCCAUGAUGCAAAGCAGCUUAUGAAUUUCUUCCAUCUCACUAUUAUCUGUCUUUCUUUUGUUCUUUGCAUUCUGAAAAUGAAAACAAACUCCAGAUCAGUGUGUGUAGUGCUGCGAAGCACCACUUGUGUUAAAAUUGAGUGGGUGUGCUGGAUUCCUUGGAGCCUUUGUCAGUGAUUCACUUAGAAACUUUUGCAAGGAUCUGAUUGUUUUCUGAUUUGGGAUUUUCAUUGUGAAGGUAUUGAAGAUGAUGCAUUUUUUUUUAUCUCAACCACAUGAAUGUUAUGAUACUUAAGGGUCACUCUUGUUCAUUUCUGCAUUUUAGCUUUCUGUGCCAUGCGAAAUGUUGGGAUCGAUUCUUUCAGCCCCCUUGUAUGCAGAUCAUGGAGUAGCAGUAGUUCCAUGUCUGCAAAAAGACUAUUACCCCCCCAUACAGGAAAGUCAAACUAACAUCAAAAGAAAAGCAUAAAAAGUGAUUACAUUGGCCUGUUCUGAGCACUUCACUAUUUUAGUCCACAAAAGCUUUAAACCUUCAAUUUUAUGAGUACUUCCAAUGUAAGUAUGGUGGGUUGGAAAAAUAUCUGCAUUUAAAUCUGACAUUUGAAUAGAAUUCACUAUUAAAAAAAUAAAAAUAAAACAAAAAGAUUGCUCGGGGUCAUUGUCAAGCACAAUUGUAGGUACCUUUUUGGUUGGUUGAGCAGAUUGUUAACCAAGUUAGCAGACUAGUACCCUAAUGUGGAACGUUUAUCUUGUGAAUGUAAAACCACACUCCCAACAAAUGAUGUGCUCUCACGUGACACAAGGGUGGAAACCUGAGCUGGAAAAAAACGUUUUCAUGCAUUAUUUGUUGGAGCAUUAUUCUCAGCAGAUGUUUUUUUUCUUUUCCACAGGUUUAUGUGUUUGACUGUACUUUUAUUUCUUGCUUUGAUGUAAAAACUUGAAGCUUCCCUCUGCUAUUCGUUUUUAUGUUUUUAUGACAUUGAUUUUUCUCUUUUUUACUGUCUGAUUAAAGUUGGGCCUUUAUGAGGACAUUUGGACCAAUUAAAAGCACUCAAUGUUUCCCUCA